AAAGCCACGAAAUCAUCGCAUCUGCAUCCCAAGAUAGCAGCCCAGCAAAGAAGAGAACACGGAAACUCGAAGAAAAAUGGACAAGCGCGGAGACGGAGAAAUUGAUCGAGCACAUACAGCUAAGAGAAGGAACCUGGAAUAUUCUUACUACAUACUUAUAAAGAUCGACAUUUACUGGAAGGAGAUAGCUGGCGAAAUGCAGAUGGCACCGUCCGAAAUAAAAAACAAGUGCAACAGUUUGCGUUGCUCCUUCCGGACAACUUUUAACAAAAUGAAUUCAACAAAGAGUGGACAAGGAGCUUCUACCAAGCCACCACCACAGAUCUGCCAUUUGUUAAAGUUUCUAGAGCCGACUUUGCGAUUGGAGGCACCAACAAUUUCAAAUUUAUCAGAGGACUUGGGUACUUUGGAUACCAUUGAUGAAAAUGAGAACACUCAGACACCAACCAUUGUUGCCAAACGACGGCGUAAUGACGAUUAAUCGUAUACUAAAGUAGUGGAACGCGGACAUAGGCAGUUUCAUUACGGCAAAUGGACGUGAUUGGCACACAAAGUUUCCUGCAUUAGCUGUCGAAUUUAAGACAGAAGUAUAUAAACUUGUACUGAGAUUCCAAGAGAAGGAGAAGAAGAAAUGCAAUUUUAAUAAUAUUAUUUUUUUAAGUAAUGCAUACAUAUUUAUGUAUGUAUA